CUUAUCACCAUUCUUAGCAUCGAUGGAGGCGGUAUCAGAGGGAUAAUUCCUGCCACUAUACUUACUUUCCUCGAAUCUCAACUACAGGAAUUGGAUGGGAAGGAUGCAAGACUUGCAGAUUAUUUUGAUGUAAUUGCGGGAACAAGCACCGGUGGUCUUGUGACAGCCAUGAUAACAGCCCCAGACGGAAACAACAAACCGCUCUACGCAGCCAAAGAUAUUGUCCCUUUCUAUAUGGAGCAUGGCCCUAAGAUAUUUCCACAACUAAUUAGGGGUGUAUGGGGAUCAAUUUUGACAUGGAUUAGCAUGAUUUUUGGACCUAAGUACAAUGGCAAGUAUCUUCGAAAGGUCAUAAGACAGGAACUAGGAAACACUCGUUUGAAGGACACCUUAACCAAUGUUGUCAUUCCUACAUUCGACAUUCAACUUCUACAACCCAUGGUUUUCUCAACUUAUGCGGCGGAAGCUAAUCCAACCAACAAUGCUCGGUUAUCAGAUAUAUGCAUCUCAACAUCCGCAGCUCCAACCUAUUUUCCUCCCUAUUACUUCAAGAAUGACGACGUUGAUGGAAAUGGUCAAGAAUAUAAUCUUAUGGAUGGUGGUGUUGCUGCCAAUAAUCCGGCGCUUGUUGCAAUAAGUGAAGUAACAAGGAAAGUGUUUAGCGAAAAUUCAGACUUCUUUCCAGUUAAGCCAGAGGAUUAUGGUCGGUUCCUUAUGAUCUCUAUAGGCACGGGUGCAUCAAAGGAAACGAAACAAUACAACGCUAAAAUGGCGUCCAAAUGGGGGGUUUUAAGUUGGCUGAUCCACGAUGGUUCCACCCCUAUCAUAGAUGUAUACAAUCAAGCAAGUGGAGAUAUGGUCGACGGUCACAUUUCAGUCUUCUUUCAAGCCGUUCAUUCUCAAGAAAAUUACCUUCGAAUCCAAGAGGAUACAUUAAGUGGUAAUGAGGCAUCAGUGGAUGAUGUGACAAAAGAGAAUAUGGUGAAACUAGCACAAAUUGGUGAAAAGCUAUUGAAAAAACCAGCUUCAAGGGUCAGUUGGAAGACUGGAUUGUCUGAACCAAUAGGAAAUGGAGAAACAUAUGCUGAAACUCUUAAAAGAUUUGCAAAAUUGCUUUCAGAGGAAAAGAAGCUGCGAGAGUCAUCAAAAUCAGCUCAACUCAUCAAAUGA